UGAUUAUACAGUUUUAUGAAUCUUCUAUUUUUGCCUAUUUUAUUUUAAUAAAGCUUAACUAGGUAUUGAAACACAUUUUUGUUCGAUUUUGUUAUUAUAUUAGAUAAUUUAUUUUUGUUUAAUCAUUUUUUUAAUUUUUUCUACCUAAUUAUGAAAAUUAAUUUUGCUACAGACUAGAUACCUAUACCUAAUUAUAAUUUAUUACUAUAUAAUUUUGUUAAGCUUUUGUCAGUAAUCUAAAUAAGUAUCAUUAUGUCACUCAAUAAAAAUACUGUUAGUAGGUCUACUAAACGUAGAAGGUUUUUGGAAGAUUUAGAAAUGGUAGAUUAUUUGUAUGAAAAUGAUAAAAACGUAGAAUAUGAAUUACAACCAAGUAAAUCAUACAAUUCUAAUUUAGCAAAUGAAAAUACAAAUUUAUCAAUUUCAAAUUCCAACAAUCCAUUUACUAACAUAAAUUUGCCAUGUAACCCAAUCUUAGGUGAUAGGCUUUCAAUUGAUUCUAUAAAUUUAGCAGAUAAUGAAUUUGAAAAUAUGUUAUUUUCUUCAGAUUCAGAUUCAGAUUCUGAUAUUGACAUUAAUAACCAUCUUAAAAUGGGUGGUACAUUUGAUGUAUUUGAGGGCAAUGAUUGUAUUUUGAAACCAUUAGCAAAAUGGGCAGUGACUAACAAUAUUACUCUUGCUUCUUUUUCUUCUUUACUGAAAGUAUUAAAAAGUCACAAAUGUUUUAAAGAUAUCCCAGUUGAUGCUAGAACUGUAUUAAAAACUAACAAAACUAAGCAAGUUAAUGAUAUUCAAAUUGUGGCACCGAGUUUGUAUUAUUAUUUUGGGAUCGCUAAUGGCUUAAAUUCUUUUGGUGAUAUGCUAGUAAAUUUUAAUGAUGUAAUCAAAACUGUAAUAGGAAUUGAUGGAUUACCCCUUACAAAAAGUUCCUCAAGUACAUUUUGGCCAAUUUUAGGAUAUGCUCGAGACCCUAUUACUCCCUAUAGUCAACAUAUAUUUAUUAUAGGGUUGUACUAGGGAAGAGAAACACCUAAAUCUUCUAAUGAUUAUUUAAAAUAUUUGGUUUGUGAACUAAAAGAUUUGUAUAAAAAUGGCAUGCAGACAAAGUUUGGUAAACAAAUUGUGAUAGUUGAUACUUUUUGUUGUGACUGUCCG